CAGAAACAUCGAACGUGUGGGCGAGGCUUCUCUCUCUCUCUCUCGCUCUCAAUCUCUGUCUCUCGUGCAGUACACCGCCAGCACUCGGAUAGCCCGUUCGACCUGGGGAACACGGCAGAUUACGCCGUACAAAUCAGAUGGAAACCCUUCAGACAGCCAUUACAAUCGGAGAAGCCUCUGAGCCGCUGAAGAAACCCCUGAUUACCGAGAAGAAACAUGACGAUAAUGGCACCGGCGAGCGCAGCAACGAAUCAAACUAUGUGGAUCUGGGGAAUAUGCUGGACGUGAAGUCGGAUAGUGCCAAAACGGUAAAAGUCACUUUCACCGGCGAGGGGAACCAACUGGCUAUAUUCAAAAGUAGGAGUGACACGUCCUCUACGGCCGUUAAGAGCCCCGGUGAGCGAGAGAAACACGACAUUACGGCUAAAGUCCCGUUAAAAGAUCACGCUGAUCAUUCGAAGGACAUCCCGGUUGAAAAUGAUUACCCAGAAGCACUUUCCGGUGUCCCACCAAGCCCGUGCUCUACUGAGACAAAGUCUGAGAUCUUGGGCGCCGAUAUCCGUAAGGACGUGGAGACAGAUUUAAAAAUCGGAAGUUUCCUCGCAGAGGAAAACCAUCAUACCCGGGUGUAUGAAACACGGGCUCUGAAGUACGCGGACAUGUACUUGAACAGCCGGUGCGAGUCAGAAGACGACACGAGCGUGGCGCUUUCAGAUAAAAGUGCUCACGACAGCGUGACAGUGAACGCGGAGUCACACUACAUAACAACGCACGAAAUUCAACUAACAGAAUUAGAUCAUGACGUGGAUUACGAGCUUGGUCGUGGCUCGUGUUGGGAUUAUGAGGACGAUAAUCUUGUCUACUCGUUUGUGGAUUAUGCUUCCUUUGAGAGUGAUGAAACAACAGAGGCGCCCCUUGAAACAACGGACAGAAGCAAGAGGAAAGGCAAGAGCAACCUCGCGCAGACUUCCCACGUGCCUACACUCGCUGCCGCGGGAGCUUUGAUGAGCACGGAGAGUGAGUUUUGUGAGUCCGACAAAUUAGCGAGCUCAGACGAGAGCCCGAGCAAGACUCAGAACGACAAUUCGAGGGGGAAAAUUCACCUCUCGAUUAAAGCGUCUUCGCGUGCUAUAGGUGACCCCAUCAACGUUCUGGACGAUAAUGAAAACAUAUAUUACUAUGCCAGGCGAGCCGGGGAAAGGAGUCGUUAUUUUUUAAAAACCUCUGACAGCAACGAGGACGCGUUGUAUGACCGAGACCGGGCGCAAUACUUCAUCCCCGCCCCGGGUCGGCAACAUCUGGCGAGUAAACUGAAGGGCAAAGAUAUCAACGAAUAUUCCAGCGGUGCGUCCAGUUCAGUGAGCGAGCUGGAUGACGCAGAUAAAGAAGUGCGUAAUCUCACUGCGAAGUCUUUCCGGAGUCUCGCGUGCCCCUACUUCGAUGCAAUAAAUCUGAGGACCUCGAGUGAGUCUUCAGUGUCCGAGCACGGUCUGAGCAUCAACAAAUGGUCUGCUCUCGUCGACUUUAAUUACGGAAACCUGACGCAGGGUCACGAGCACAACAUGUUGGCACACAGGAACUCCAUGUCUUCCGUGGAGAUAAAUAAGUGUGCGGAGUGUAAAAACGUUAACGGUGUAGCCGUUACCAAUAUGAGAACAACUCAGACUGAUGUGUUUUCCCCGAAAAAUAAACGGGCCCAGUAUAGCGGUCAAAACGGAUCCCCUGACUCGUCCAAAAAAGUCGAGUUACAAAGCAGUUUUCAGCCCGCGCGAAAUGAGACGGUCACACUGACCGAAACUUUGAACUUCAGCUUGGACGGCGGUUUACCUACACAUGAGAGACGUGUGAAAUGUAUGCAGAAUGCCACCGGAUCGAGUUCCACGGUCGAUGCUAGCAGCCCUACGCCGGCCAAGCUGGGGUGUGAGCCGGGCAGUCAACUUUUUGAAACGGACCACAACAAGGAGGACGUGCACACGAAAGCCAUUUUUGCCUCGAGUCUUUUGAAAAACGUCAUCUCAAAGAAAAUGCAGCUCGAGCAGGAGCGUAAAAUGGAGAGAGGUGAAAUAUGCGACGCGUGCCCCCCGGCUUCGCCUCGCCCCUCCUCUCGAGAACAGGACCUACAUAGAGAGAGUGUGACCGCCAAAGGUCUACAGAGAGAAACCUCCGAAACGGGAUCCGAAUCAUCUAUAUCCUCCCAGGAGGAUCUCGUAGACACGAUGGGCAGUAUUUCUCGCGCUUAUAAAGAGGAAGCACGAGAAGGCUCGCACAGUUCUGGCACGGAAUUAGAGCUGCUCGGUGACGCAACGACUCCUUCUAAGGCAGAAGUGUGCGAGUCCGGCACGGGCCCGCUAGCACGCAGCCAAAACAGUGCUUUCAAAACCUGGAAAGACGGCGAGCGCGAGAUCUCUGAAGCGAGCCCACAAAGUUACAGUAAACCUGCGUGCGCACCAGCGGAGAUGUCAACAACCACCCCAGAUCAUGAUGGAGAGGAGAGAGAAUGUGCUGAAGGCGCGAACGUCGAAGCCGCGAACAGCAGGACUACUAAGAUGUCUCAUUUGUACGUGCCCAGCUCGCAUCUCGUUCCUAAAGAGAGAGAACGGGCGGACCUUCCGUUACAUAAUCAGAGCGUGCAGAAUGAGCUCGUUCAGUUAGAGGAAGAAGGGUGCAGAGAAAUACGCUUAAGCGACCCACCGCGCGCCGCGGUCACUUCCAGCUGCGGUCAGGUCAGAAAAGCGCCCGAGAUCAAAAUACGCCUUCGCAGUGUGAAAGAAAAAAAUCCUUUUAACAUCGCCAACCUCUUAACCCCCAACAUCGGCUACAACUCCAACUCCGUAAAACACGGCGGUGACUCCAAAAGUCAUUUGCGCUCCGCGUCCGAAAAAGUGCCUCAUUUCAUGGUGAGGGAUAUCAGAGAUACGAAAUGUAAGCUCCGAACUCCAAUCCACCACGUCCGAGAUGUGCGGAAGUUGGUAAAAAGCUCUUAUAGAUUCGUGUCGCUGGAAAACACAGUGAAUAAACUGGGCGUGUCCGCAUUACGCGAGGACAGCAAGGCUGCUAAGAAAGAACCAGACAAUCAGAGCUUUCCCAUCCCGAUGGUGAUUAAAUGCCAGUCAGUGAACACGAACAGCACUCCGAAGCGAGGCAGUACGGUGCGUCAGGCUUUUAACGGGGCCGAGGGCGAGAGCGCGAGAGAAGCGGACGUAGUAAGAGAGCGGUUAUCGCCGAAACACGUCUCGGAAUACGGCAAAAACGAAAGCAUGUGCCGCGCGCAGGGAUCAAAGCAGCUGAUGUUCGAACAAGCCGAACCGAAAACGGAAAAAGUCAAAUCUGUUAAGCAGAAAAGAGAAAAGACAGUCGACAUCUGCGAUAAAAAACCGGAGUGUAAAUUUGCGAACCAAGUCGCUCUUGAAAAGUUAAAGGCGGCGGUCAAAACGAUGGAGCAGCUGUACGUGUUCGAUAGAAACGAGUGGAAGCGCAAAACGGACGCGCCGCGACCAGUAACGGAUAGCCAUGUUCUCUCAUUAAUCUCCAGUCAGGAGCAUGGGUUCGCGUGCAAAAUCGACUCGGAAGGCGAACAGGGGAAGGCAUCCGACAGCGAGAAACCCACGAGCUCUGAAUCCGUCGCGGAGAAACCGUGUGCAUCCCUGGCUAACGUUGCUGGUGUGGUAGCGAGUGAGGAGAAAACGUUAACCAAGCCUGAGUCAUUUGAUAACAGAUGUGUGGUGGGUCCAGGCGGUGCUCUCAGGACGACCCAGGGUCCUAAAACCCAGCAGCGUUCUAUCAGAAGGAACUAUGCAUCUGGCUCGGCAAAAGGUCCUGUGUGUGUGAAAAUCUGUCCAUCUAAAGCAAAACCGAAGGAGAUCCAGAGGGACAGGGACACUACAUCAGACACCCCCACAAAACCAAAGCAAACACACACCCCUCUUCCAGAUUCAGAGAACUAUCUGACCAUCCCUGUCAAAUCUGAGCCCGCAGACAUUAAACCUGCCCUCAUACCUGCUGCUCCCAACGCCAAGCCCCACCCCCCUCCCUUCUACCCGCCCGUGCAGCGUUCGCCUGUCGUUAGUGAGUCGUGGUCACCCGAGAUCCCCAUGGCUUGCCACCACACCUUUCCUGCAGCCUACACCCACCUCCUACGUUUCACACCCCCCAUGGAGGCCCCCGCGCCCACCCCCGCCCCUCAGCGCAAGCUCCUCGUGGACCCCGCUACAGGCCAGUGCUACCUGGUGGACCUGCAGCCAGCAAUCCAGAGACUCUACUACCCUGAUAGCGGGCGGUAUCUGGACGUGCCCCUGUCUGUCGCCCCUAUGCCCGUCCCGCCCAUCGCCCUGAGCCCGGCAGCUGCUUAUGCUCCCGCAUACCUCUUCUGCCCGCCGGUCCUGGCGCCUCCCCUGGCGCAGGUGCCCCCUGGCUGUCCGGAGGGGACAGGAGGGGCGGGGACUUCCGGUGGAGCAGGAACCUGCGCUAACCCUCUCAUCAGCGUUACAUCACAGCAAGGGGCACGCAUCAUCGCCCCGCCCUCUUUUGAUGGAACGACCGUGAGCUUCGUGGUGGAGCACAGAUAGCAGAAUGCAUGAGGGAAUGUUUGUCUGUGCUCAAGCGUCUUUGUGUGUUUGUGUUACAUUUGUUUGUGUGUGUGUGUGUGUUUGUGUUCGCAUAUGUGUAAGCAUAUGUGUACAUCAGUGUGUAGGUGCGUGCAUUUGCGUGUGUGUGUGUGUAAAUAUGUGUGAGUGCAUACAUGUAUAUGUGCACGUGUGUGUGUGUUUUUGUGUA